AUGAGCACACCAGCGGCGGCGGUCGAGGCGGCGGCGAGGGCCGAGGCUGAGGCUGCCGCGGCGGCCGAGGCGGCCGCGGCCGCGGCACCCGAGGAGGUGAGGAAGGCGGCAGAGGCGGCGGCAGAGGCGGAAGCCGCCGCCGCGGCGGAGAGGCCGGCGGCGGAGAAGGCGGCGGCGGAGGAGGCGGAGCGGCAGGCGGCCGAGGCUGCGGCGGCCGAGGCUGCGGCGGCCGAGGCUGCGGCUGCGGCUGAGGCUGCGGCGGCAGAGCAGGCGGCGGCGGCAGAGCAGGCGGCGGCCGAGGCGGCGGCGGCGGAGAAGGCGGCGGCCGAAAAGGCGGCGGCUGAGGCGGCGGCGGCGGCCGCCGAGGCGGAGGCGGCGGCUGCUGCCGAGGCUGCGGCGGCCGAGGCGGCGGCGGCGGAGAAGGCGGCGGCGGAGAAGGCGGCGGCCGAGGCGGCGGCGGCGGCCGAGGCGGCGGCAAAGGAGGAGGCGGCGAAGGCGGAGGCGGCCGCGGCGGCGGAGGCGGCGGCGGCGGCGGAGAGGGCCGAGCGUGCGGCGCAGGCUGCGUUUGAAAAGUCGAAGGCCGCGUCGACGGAGCAAGCCAUGGAGGCGCCGCCCAAGCGGAAGUCGAAGAGCGACCCCGCCUCGGUCCCGCCGCUGGAGCGGUGCGCCGCGAUCCUCGCCACUCUGCGCAAGCGCAAGGCCGCCGGCUCAUCUCCCCCGCCC